AUCCCUUCAGGCAAGCGGGCGCUGCUCGAGAGCUACCAGAACCUCACCCGCGUGGCCGACUACUGCGAGAACAACUACAUCCAGCUGAUGCUAAUCUUUGGAUGUCAAUGCUAUGAGGAACUGAGAAAUUGCUACUGGCUACCAUUGCAGUGAAACAAACAACAACAAAGCAGAAAUCCAGAGAGUAAUGUAUCUAGUCCACCAGGCCGUGUAUAUGCUGGUUAUCUGAUAGGAAGGAAGGAAGAGGAAUGCUGUGAGACGGCACUGAAAGGAGCCAAUGAGGCUCCCGAUAAAAGGAAAGCAUUAGAAGAGACCAAAGCAUACACAACCCAGUCUCUUGCUAGUGUUGCUUAUCAGAUCAAUGCACUGGCCAACAAUGUACUCCAGCUGCUGGACAUUCAAGCAUCCCAGCUGCGGAGAAUGGAGUCCUCCAUCAACCAUAUCUCACAGACUGUGGACAUCCAUAAAGAGAAAGUGGCUCGCAGAGAGAUAGGUAUUUUGACAACCAAUAAGAACACAUCAAGAACUCAUAAAAUUAUAGCGCCGGCAAACAUGGAGCGUCCUGUAAGAUACAUUCGAAAACCUAUCGACUAUACUGUGCUGGAUGAUGUCGGCCAUGGAGUAAAGUGGCUAAAAGCCAAGCAUGGAAAUAACCAGCCUGCAAGAACUGGCACCUUGUCAAGGACAAAUCCACCUACACAAAAACCACCAAGUCCUCCUAUGUCAGGCCGGGGAACUCUGGGACGAAAUACUCCUUACAAAACCUUGGAACCAGUUAAACCUCCAACUGUUCCUAAUGAUUACAUGACCAGUCCUGCCAGACUUGGAAGCCAACACAGUCCAGGAAGAACAGCGUCCUUAAACCAGAGACCAAGAACACACAGUGGUAGUAGUGGAGGAAGUGGCAGUCGAGAGAACAGUGGAAGCAGCAGUAUUGGCAUUCCCAUUGCCGUGCCUACACCUUCACCACCAACUGUUGGGCCAGCACAAAUUUCUGUUCCUCCUCCUCCUGGAGUCCCGCCAGCACCACCACUGCCACCACCUCUCCCAAUGGGCAGUACGAUAGCUGCUCCUGGUUCAGCUCCUGGUUCCCAGUAUGGCACAAUGACCAGGCAAAUUUCACGACACAACUCUACCACUUCUUCAGCAUCUUCUAGUGGAUACAGACGGAAUCCCUCUGUGACUGCCCCAUUUUCUGCUCAACCUCAUGUUAAUGGCGGGCCUCUCUAUUCUCAAAACUCAAUUUCUAUUGCUCCACCCCCUCCCCCUAUGCCUCAAUUGACUCCACAGAUACCUCUCACAGGCUUCGUGGCCAGGGUGCAGGAAAACAUUGCUGAUAGUCCAACUCCUCCUCCUCCACCACCUCCAGAUGAGAUGCCGAUGUUUGAUGAUUCUCCUCCCCCCCCUCCCCCUCCCCCUGUGGAUUAUGAGGAUGAGGAAGCUGCAGUAGUGCAGUACAGUGAUCCGUAUGCAGAUGGAGACCCCGCUUGGGCCCCUAAAAACUAUAUUGAGAAAGUUGUUGCUAUAUAUGACUACACGAAGGACAAGGAUGAUGAGCUGUCAUUUAUGGAAGGUGCAAUCAUUUAUGUGAUAAAGAAGAAUGAUGAUGGGUGGUAUGAAGGAGUUUGCAAUCGAGUGACUGGCCUGUUCCCUGGGAAUUAUGUUGAAUCAAUCAUGCACUAUGCUGAUUAGAAUCUUGGCUUUUCAAGUUGGGUCUUGUAUUCAAUCAUACCAUGAUUAUUUACAAGUGGUAACUAAAGGUUAACAAUUGUCUUAAUACACUUUUUUAAAAAAGUGCCCAUCUUUUCAGGCCAUACUGUUUUAAUGGUAUGAUUGAAGAAUGUCCAGCUCCAUAAGCAUAAAUCUUUGGAGACAGUUUGUCUUACCUGAUAGCAAUUUGUAACACAAGCAACUGUCUUAUUACUGGUUAUGCUUAUUUACUUACGCAUUGUUAAUUUUAUGACCAGCCUAAAUAUUCUUGGGAAGUAGGGUAUAAUAUUUAAUGAACCAUGAUUCAGAUUGUGCCAUUACAUUUUUCAGUGCAGCAUGGUAACUAACAUUAAGUUAGAUUAACAUAUUAAAAUAUGGGUGAAAAGUUUAAUGUCAGUGCUGGUCAUAUUACUUUUUGUUAGACUCUUGCUCAUUCUUGAACUAUAAUUGUUUAAAGCAUGCAUACAAACUUAUGUAUUGAAAUAUACUUUUUUAAAAAUCCAAGAUGCUUCCAAUUUGUUGUAAUCUUUACCUGGAGAACUCACUAAAAUCUAUUGCAAUGAAUUGCUUGAGUCUCUACAGUGUCCAUGUGAAUCAAAAAUGGGUGGUUUUAUGUAUGUGUAAUUUGUACCAAGUUUUUUUUAAUGAGUAAAUUUGCAUUACAACUUUUCCAUUCAUAAAUAUAUGUGGAACCAAAGGUCUUGUCCAUUACUUUGUUAGCACUUCUAAUUGCUUUGCCAAGUAAGCCAAUUUAUGAUUGUGUUAUCACUAGCAAUGUACUAAACUAAGGACAAGUGGUGUAACCUUAUUUUUAACAUUGACAUUAGUGGGCAAACAAAUAUACCAAACCUGAAAAUUAUCCACUUAUCAAAAUGUUCUUUCAAAAUUGUGUGUAAAGGGUUCAAGUACUGCUAAAAUUAAGUACUUCAAGGAUUCUCAGCUGAGUGUUGAACUCACUGUAAUUUUAAUAAUUAGUUUCUGUUUGCUGUAACUGACAUUACUAAAUACAAACUGUAUGCUGGACCAACAGGAGAAAUUUUGUAUGUUUGAAGCUGAUAAUACACCAGUAGGCAGUCAGAGCUAGCAGUCAUACAGAAAGAGGGGGGCAGACAUUCACAUCCUGUUUAUUAUUGGAAAGUGACAAAUGCACUUUGCCCAAUUUCCUGUAAUGCAGUGACAAGGCAAAGAGUCAGAUGGGAUGUUCACUUCAGUUUAUACAAAACUGUAGUGCUUCGCUUAUCUGAAGUAGAGUAUGCAGUAUGCUCUGUUAUUGUAUGUAGUAGGGAUUUGUUUUGGACUUUAAAAUGCUGUCCUAAUGGGGUAUUAAAUGUACACUUCUAUAACAGUGCUAAAAGACUGGGGGUUGGAAGCUUGAUUGGUUGCUGCAUUUUUUUUUUCUAGUGUAAAAUUAGAAAUAUUGGAACUCCUUCCUCCCCAAAAUCAUUGUAACUUCCAAAUGCUUUCUGCUUUAAGUGUCAAUAUCACCUUCUGAAAAAUUAGCAACCAAUAAUUUACCUGUAUUUUCUUUAUAAAUUGAAAAGUCUUCACUUAAUUUGUAUAUAACUUGUUAAGUUUAUGUACAGUCUUUUAUAAUAAACCGUUCUCCUAUAUAA